AAUAUUGAUCAAUACUGUAGUACUUUCGAUAGUAAAAUCUAGCAUAUUUUCCAGGAUUUUCUUUUUAAUUACAAAAUUUUUCGAAAAGCCAUUUAUUAUGAAUUUAUGGCCUUAAUUAAUAUAAAUUGAUUCUUUAAUAAAUAUAUCAUUGACAUAUUUCGAAUUGAGAAGCAUAGGUGAAAUCAUCUAAAAUGAGAUAAUUUAUAAAAUGAAUAAAUCAAGAACUGCACAAAUCGAAGGGUGGAAAGCAGCUGGAGCUGCUUGGAGGGAAGCCUUAUUAGUUACAACGCGUUCAAGACAUGUCAAUUUAACAAAGUCCAUAUCUCAGGCUGAGGAUAAAAAUCUCGAUGAAGAAGAAAGGAACGCUGGAAUUUCAAAUAUUGUUCAUAACAAAAUCUUACGUCAAGAAGCAAGAGAGCACUGCAAAUUGGGUAAAACAAAAUCGUUAAAUGUGCCCAAUAAUCAGAGUGAAGAAGCCAAACCCACCGAAGACUCCGGAAGGAAGUCACCAAGAUUUCGAAACCGAUUGCAUACAGAUGAAAUGGAAGACUCGAAAAAAAUUGCAGUAAAAUUGAGAAAGAAUCGGCUAUUGAAAUCAUCAUCAAGAGAAAUACAUAGCUCAAGUAGUGAAGAAGAGAUUGAGGAAACUGAUAAGAUUCGUAAAAAAGCCUAUAGCAUACCUCAAUCAUCAAAACAUCUUUUUCUUACUAAAGCCUAUGGUAGCUUGGGAUCAAAACCGAAAAACACGAGUGCCUUUAAAACGGUCUCUCGAAUUCCUUCAACUUCGUCUUCAUCCUCGAACGAUCGACUUCGUUUACCCAAUAAACAAAAACUAGAACGUAAAACUUCAACUAAUUCGAAUUGUAGCGGAUGUGAAUGUAAGCCAAAUGAAGACAAAACAUGCAACAUUUGCUUAGAAAGAAUGAGAAGACUUAGCGAAAGCGAAUCAGUAAAUGAUUCACUUCUGAAUAUGGCUGAUAUAUCCACUUGCUCUCAAGACGAAAGUUUUGCGUCCUUUUCUGAGACAGACGCUCAUCGUAUUGCCAGAUUAGAAGAAGCUGGAAUUGUUUUCGAAAGACCUCAAAAGGAUUUAGAGGAAUCAUCUGAUUCUCAGGAAAAUCUAGAACCGGAUGAUCACCUAAAGAUUAUUCCACCAGAACAGCCUUUGGAUGUUUAUGCAUCCUCUGGGAGUGAAGAGGGUCAAGAGGCAGAUGAUGAAUUUGAAUGUGACUGUGGUGCGUGUCGCCUACACGAAAGUUGUGACAUUGUUCCUCCCGAUGAAGUACCAGAUGUUGAGGAUGAAGAACCGAACGAUACGUAA